AUGUGUGGAAUACUGUUAUUUAAUAGCAGUGGUAGCUGUGAUGUCACUGCUCAGGAUGUAUAUUUGGAAUUUGCAGAAGAUGAUAAAGUCGUAACAUCUAGUGGAAAAGAUACCAUUGAUAAGAUUGUUCCUUAUAUCGUAGCUAGAGGUCCGAAUUUCUCAUCUUACAGGACUCUACAUGGUGUAAAUACAUGUUGGUUUUCAUCUGUAUUAUCCUUGAGACAACCUUUCACAAAACAAAGUAUUGUUAUUGAUAAAAAAUUUGUAUUACAAUUUAAUGGUGAAUUAUACAAUAAAACAAUUGAUCUCGAUGAGAAUGAUACACAAUAUAUUGUACAAUUAUUAUCUAAUAUCGAUGUCUAUGAUGAUGAUAAGUUAUCAAUACAACAAGAAAUUAUUAAUGUGAUUAAAAAUUUAGAUGGUGAAUUUGCUUAUACUAUUAGUGAUUUAGUGAAUAAUAUUAUUUAUUUUGGUAGAGACACUAUUGGUAAAAGAAGUCUCAGUUAUUGCAUCGAUUCACAGACUAAUGAAUUAUAUGUGGCUAGUGUGACAGGUACCACAUCGAAGCAAUUUAUUAAUUGUAUUGGUGGACAAAUAUAUAUAUUUGAUACUUCUAAAAGAGACUUCAUUGUUGAACCAUGUAACAUACGAGACGUUCCAUAUGAUGUCACCUCACUUGUUGAUGAAGGUUUAAAUGAUCUUAAUAUGAUCACAAGUGAAUUAUAUGAACAAUUAAGUAACGCUGUCUCAAAGAGAAUUACUACAAUUCAUCCAACUCAUAUUGAAAAUUCUCCUAUUGCUAUCUUAUUUUCAGGUGGAUUGGAUUGUUCAAUUAUUGUAGCAUUAAUGUGUGAACAAUUGAUAAAAAUGCCGGGUAAUAAUACUAUAAUAGAACUAUUAAAUGUUGGAUUUGAAAACCCAAGAACUAAAUUACAACCUAGUGAUACACCUGAUAGAAAGCUUGCAAUUUCUAGUACAAAAAUUUUGAAAAAUUUAUACCCUGACGUAAAUAUAAAAUUGAUAGAAGUCGAUGUACCUUAUGAAGAAUAUUUAUCAAUAAGACCUAAGGUUAUUGAUUACAUGUAUCCUAAGAAUACAGAGAUGGAUCUUUCCAUUGCCAUUGCUUUUUUCUUUGCUUCAAGAGGACAAGGGUUUAUUACUAAUUAUGAUGAUGGAACUCGUCAUGAAUAUAAUCGUAAAGGGAUUGUAUUGUUUAGUGGGCUUGGUGCAGAUGAAUUAUAUGGAGGGUAUCAUAAGUUUGCUAAUAAGAGUACUCCAGAGUUAGUAGAAGAAUUAGUCAAACAGAUUAAUAAUAUACAUGAUAGAAAUUUGAAUAGAGAUGAUAAAGUUAUAGCUGAAAACGGUGUGGAAGUAAGGUAUCCAUUCCUUGAUGAGUCUGUUAUUCAAUAUUCAACAUCAAAAAUUCCAAUUAAUUACAAGAUAAACAAGUUUAUACUUCGAAAUGUAGCAAAGAUUAAAUUGAAUUUAGGCGCAAUUGCAGAAGAACCUAAACGUGCCAUUCAAUUUGGUUCAAAGAGUGCAAAGAUGACUAAAGAUGGUAACAAGAAUGGAACUGAUAUACUUAAAUAG